GUGCAUGAGGUUGACGCUACUUUGUUGCACCUGGAGGGAAGAACGUAUGGGAGAGGAAGGAAGUGAGUUGCCUGUGUGUGCACGCUGUGGCCAGAGGAUCUAUGAUGGCCAGUACCUCCAGGCCCUGAGUGCUGACUGGCACGCGGACUGUUUCAGGUGUUGUGAAUGCAGCGCCUCUCUCUCGCACCAGUACUAUGAGAAAGAUGGGCAGCUCUUCUGUAAGAAAGACUACUGGGCCCGCUAUGGCGAGUCCUGCCAUGGGUGCUCGGAGCACAUCACCAAGGGGCUGGUCAUGGUGGCUGGGGAGCUGAAGUACCACCCUGAGUGCUUCAUCUGCCUGACAUGCGGGACCUUCAUCGGUGACGGGGACACCUACACGCUGGUGGAGCACUCCAAGCUGUACUGUGGACACUGCUACUACCAGACCGUGGUGACCCCUGUCAUCGAGCAGAUCCUGCCUGACUCCCCUGGCUCCCACCUGCCCCACACAGUCACCCUAGUUUCCAUCCCAGCCUCAUCUCAUGGCAAGCGUGGCCUCUCAGUCUCCAUUGACCCCCCUCAUGGCCUGCCGGGUUGCGGCACCGAGCACUCCCACACCGUCCGCGUCCAGGGAGUGGACCCAGGCUGCAUGAGCCCUGAUGUGAAGAAUUCCAUCCAUGUUGGAGACCGGAUCUUGGAAAUCAAUGGCACACCCAUCCGGAAUGUACCCCUGGAUGAGAUUGAUCUGCUGAUCCAGGAGACCAGUCGCCUGCUGCAGCUGACUCUUGAGCAUGACCCCCAUGACACACUAGGCCAAGGGCCAGGGCCUGAGAUCAGCCCUCUGGUUUCCCCGGCUCACACCCCCAGCGGGGAGGCUGGUAGCUCUGCUCGGCAGAAGCCUGUCUUGAGGAGCCACAGCAUCGACAGGUCCCCGGGAGCUGGCUCGCUAGGCUCUCCUGCCUCCCAGCGCAAGGACCAUGGACGCUCUGAGUCCCUCCGCGUCAUCUGCCGGCCACACCGCAUCUUCCGGCCAUCGGACCUCAUCCAUGGGGAGGUGUUGGGCAAGGGCUGCUUUGGCCAGGCCAUCAAGGUGACACACCGAGAGACAGGUGAGGUGAUGGUGAUGAAGGAGCUGAUCAGGUUCGACGAGGAGACCCAAAGGACAUUCCUCAAGGAGGUGAAGGUCAUGCGGUGCCUAGAGCACCCUAAUGUGCUCAAGUUCAUUGGAGUGCUCUACAAGGACAAGAGGCUCAACUUCAUCACUGAGUACAUCAAGGGGGGCACCCUGCGGGGCAUCAUCAAGAGUAUGGACAGCCAGUACCCGUGGAGUCAGAGGGUGAGCUUUGCCAAGGAUAUCGCUUCAGGGAUGGCCUACCUCCACUCCAUGAACAUCAUCCACCGAGACCUCAACUCCCACAACUGCUUAGUCCGAGAGAACAAGAAUGUGGUGGUGGCUGACUUCGGGCUGGCACGGCUCAUGGUGGAUGAGAAGACUCAGCCCGAGGAUCUGCGAAGCCUCAAGAAGCCAGACCGUAAAAAGCGCUACACCGUGGUAGGCAACCCCUACUGGAUGGCACCUGAGAUGAUCAACGGCCGCAGCUACGAUGAGAAGGUGGAUGUAUUUUCCUUUGGAAUUGUCCUAUGUGAGAUCAUUGGGCGGGUGAACGCAGACCCUGACUACCUGCCCCGCACCAUGGACUUCGGCCUCAAUGUGCGAGGCUUUCUGGACCGCUAUUGUCCCCCAAACUGCCCCCCGAGCUUCUUCCCUAUUACUGUGCGCUGCUGUGAUCUGGACCCUGAGAAAAGGCCCUCCUUCGUGCAGCUGGAGCACUGGCUGGAGACCCUCCGCAUGCACUUGGCCGGCCAUCUGCCACUGGGCCCACAGCUGGAGCAGCUGGAGAGGGGCUUCUGGGAGACCUACCGGCGUGGCGAGAGUGGACUGCCUGCCCACCCUGAGGUCCCUGACUGAGCCCAGCCCACCCAGCUGCCCCUAUCCCUACCUCCAGGAAAUCUACCCUCACCAGAUUCCUCUGCCGGAGGUGGCCAGGUGUGGAGCCCUUAGCUGAGGCAACAGGCAGCCAGAGCCAGGCCCUGAUUUGCCUUCUCCUGCCCUGCAGACCUCAGCCCCUGCCCUCCCUCUGCCCAGGCCCCGGAGCUGGCCCAGCCUCACACACCAUCCUGUGGCCCUGCUGUACCUCUGUCUUGGCUUCUCCCUGCAUGAGCUGGAGGGUCUCAUGAGUUGUGCCCCAUUCCACAUACCACUGCCCCUGGCCAUCCUGAACAUGCUGCACCCAUAUGCAGCCCUUCGGGGCUGGGCUGGGAGGCAGCCCCUGAACUGUGCCCUGUAACAGCUGGGUGCAUGGGAGAGCGUAUGCCCUGGGCAAGGCAAAGUUCCCAGGAGUCUGCAUUCCCAGGAGCCAAAUGGCGAGUCUGGGGCCCACUAUCCCCCAAGGAUGUCUAGGGAGCAGCGGCCAUUAAUAAUUAUCCAGUCCCCCAAAGCAGAGAGACGUCUGAUUCUAGGCAUGGAAGGGCUGAGCAGCAGCCCUGCCUCUCACUUUGGGUCUUUUUCCUUUCUUUAUCAAAGCCACUUUAGUAAGAAACAGGUACUAGGCCUCAGGGUAAGGAGGGGUCCCUUGGAAGGAAGGGAGCCACAGUGCCUGAGCCAGGCAGGGGGCAGCUGGGCCGAGGGCACAUGGCAAGUGUCCACCAGCAGCCCAGCUCCGAGGUCAUCUCAGUACCCCUUCCCAGCCUCUCCCUGAGGCUCCCUGCCCUUCCUCACGCUCCCUCCCUUGUCCUCUGGGUUCUUUCUGUGUAAUCUAUUUUUUAAGAAGAGUUUGUAUUAUUUUUUCAUACGGCUGCAGCAGCAGUUGCUGGGGGCUUGGGGUUUUAUUUUUUUGGCGGGUGGUGCGGGAGGGCCAUUCUGUCACUUUGCCUCAGUUGAGCAUCUAGGAAGUAUUAAAACUGUGAAGCUUUCUCAGUGCACUUUGAACCUGGAAAACAAUGUAAACAGGCCUAUAGGACUAUGACUUAAGGAGUGGGACACACUCACCCCAUCUAGGAAUCAUGACAUCCAAGGAACAAAACACAGACUCAGAACAAUAAAAUAAAUUCCGUACUCCCCACCC